AUGAAAGUUGUUCAUGCCGUCCAUGCCUACCUGAGCCACGGCAUCCGGCGUGUUCGAGUCUCGCCUGGCGAGACCCUGGAUGCCGUGUGGGACUUUGCCCGCCGCUAUUUCUUCACCCUUGCCUUCCUCUCGUUGUUUUGCGCAAAAUUGCUUCAUCUCUACGCUCACUUAUACUCCCUCCCCGCGACGCGCUUCUUCCUUUGGGGCAUCACCUUCUUUUUCCAAGAUGUGGCGAUUCUGUUGCUCUUCCGCACCCUCACCCAGAGGGUCGCGUGGCGACCGGCCGCCGCAGUGUUGGCACUGCUCGUUAUCCCAUCUAGCUUGAUCGUUUCGUUCAUGGCAUCGGCCAACACCUCCUUUUACGUCUUUACCGGUGCCGAGAUCCACUGGCGCCAAGCCAAAUCCUUCAACGGCGACGCCGCCGCCAUUCAUACCCUUCUGACCGGAUUAACGGGUUUCCUGAUUGUCGAGGGUAUUCUGUUGACUGUCUCGAUUUUCGCCGCCCGCCCCAUUCACGCCAUCACUGGAGGAAUCCUCCACGUGUGGGCGUGGCCCAUCCGAUGGGUCUUCGCGCGGGUGCGACCGCACAUCGAGCCCCUGCUACAACGCCUCGAGCCCGUGCUCAAGCGAUUCUCGUCCCGGUCGAAGGAGGACUCGAACUUGCCCGAUCCUCGAAUUUACGAGCAGAUUGCGAUGGAAGAUGGAGACAGUGACAACGAAGAAGGCGACCACCUGUUGAACACUCAGCUGCCCAACCCCCUCCCGGAGUCGAAGCGGGUGACUGAUGGUGUUCCUCAACGGGCGCUCAUCCUGGGACUGUUCAGUCUGUUCUUGCUUCUUCGCUUCUUGCGACCAUCGAAUGCUGUCUAUAUGUACCUGUCCACUACCUUGCCUCUGAGCACCGUCUUCGAGGGUGGCGAACGUGAUUCGCCCGUUGACACGACCGGCAUGCCCGGCUACUUCGAUUAUCUGAACGGAGCCAGUGCUUUGGCCCCUCCACCCCGAUGGGGCUGGAUGUCGAAUGAGCCCGUGGAUGGUUUCAGCGACUGGGACAAGAAUGACCCACUGGCCCUCCACUACAACGCGGAGAAGGACCCUCUCUUCAUUACCAACCUGAACAAGCCAGUCCUUGAGGAAGUCCACAAUGCCCUUGCCAGUGGUGAUGUCAAGAUCAAGCACAUCGUUUUCCUCAAACUCGAGAGUGCCCGUAACGACAUCUUCCCUCUUCAAAAGGACAAUUUCAUGUGGAAGCGCAUUGCGGAGACCUGGAAGGACAAGAAAAUCCCCCCCGAGGUGCAAGACCGCAUUGGCAACCUGACUCGCACCGCCGAGUACUUGACCAACUUCCGCACUGGUUUCGACCACGACGACACUCGGUUCCACGGGCGCAAGGCCUACGGUGGUAUCAGUGCCAAGAACGCGAUCACUUCCUCCACUUAUACCCUGAAGAGUUUGACCGGUAGUUUCUGUGGUGUGACCCCACUGGUGGCUGACUUCAACCGUGAGUUCGAGCACCACAUCUACCAGCCGUGUCUGCCCCAGGUCUUCGAUAUUCUAGGCCAACAGCCAGACAUUACCAGCGACACUGAUGACUUCACCAAAUGGCCCUGGCACUCAACCUUCAUGAUGUCCGUCACUGAAAUGUACGACAACCAGAACAAGUUGACACCUCAUCUUGGAUUCCGAAACAAGGAGACCAAGGAAACAAUCACCAAGCCUGAUGCGAAGCACGGCCCUGUCAAGAGCGCCGAGAUUAACUACUACGGUUAUCCCGAGAUCGAGCUCAAGGAAUACAUUCGCGAUGCAAUUGACGACGCUGAGCGCGAGCACAAGCGUCUGUUCCUCAGCCACCUGACCAGUACCACUCACCACCCUUGGGGAGUACCCAACGACGCUUUCGAGAAGAUCAUGGGCUCCACCGCAGGUCCCAACAACGACCUGAACCGCUAUCUGAACACGGUCGGCUACGUCGAUGACUGGCUCUCCGACCUCAUUGACAUCUUCGAAGAGAAGGGCAUCAUCGACGAAACCCUCUUUGUCAUGGCUGGUGACCACGGUCUUUCCCUCCCCAACGAUGGUGGUGUCACCCCUUACGACAACCCCCACGUCGGUAGUUUCAAGGUUCCCAUUGUUCUGGCCCACCCCAAGCUUCCUCCUGUCCAAAUCGAUACCCCUGUCGUCAACAGCCAGAUCGUGCCCACAAUCAUCGAUCUCUUGAUCGAGUCCGCAUCCCUGAGCACAGACAGCACCCGCUCCGCGCGUGAUCUCCGCUCCCUGUACGAGGGCCAAUCCUUGAUCCGUCCUCAGGUCGUUGAGGAAGACGGCCGUGAAGCCUGGCAAUUCACCGUCAUGAACACCGGUGGAUCUUGGCUCUCUGUCCGAUCUGCCGCGAAGCCCGACUUCCGCCUUGUCAUUCCCCUCGUCAACGAUGUUGAAUGGCGAUUCUCUGAUCUUUCCAAGGACCCGGAUGAGUUGAGCCCGAUCGAGCGCUUCAGUCUGGUGGAUUUGGCCACCACGAUCAAGGCGGAUUAUGACGAAGACACUCUCAACUGGUUGUACAACGCCGCGUAUGUGGCCAACUGGUGGGUGCUCGAGAACUGGGACCGCUGGAAGUUCUCACCCGAGGCCGAGAAGAACAAGACCGAUUCCGAGUGA